AUGGCGAGUGAAACCUCACGUCGUCCAAACGUGCCGCGAGCCCAGUCGAGCCUGGAUCGAAACCGCAAACGCUGGUUCAUUGAAUUUGAGCAAUUGCAAACCCACUCCCGAAGAGAAAAAGAGCAAAUUGCCGCCAGAUUCUCUCAGGAGCACCGCGAUGUGUGCCACGACCUCGAUGAGGAGGCUCAUUUUGCCGUCAACCAAAGCCUUCCUCUCAAGGCUCGCGAGCUUCUCGAAAACUAUCAGCUGGAAUUACGGCGCCACCGCUGGGCGUACUGUAAACAGAGUUUUUCGUCCGUUGCUAUGCACGAUUCUUGUAAUGGCAUGCUCGGAUGGUCCUCAGCACGUUUGCCAGGCCAGGAUUCCAGCGACCGUACCAGCCCUGGCGCAGAUGCUCUCGGACGCGCGACACCCUCGCUAUCAGCAGGAGCUACUCCAGAUCAGUCCCAGAAGAAUUUGCUGCCUCGAAUCAGCGCGGGCGACCUGUUCAGUGUACCGAACACAUUGCUGGCACACACCAGCCCAGCCACAAUGCCGUCGCAGCUUGAGUGGCGAACUCGUCAAGCGCAGCAGCUGGCUGAUCAGAUUCCGCACAACCAAGGGCGAACUUCCUUUCAGCAUGAUCAUGUUGGUGACUUGCAGCUGGACUCGCUUCGUAUGCCGAUCAUGUAUAAGCCAAGCGGGCCAGCGUGCAAUCCUGCUGCGAACGCCAUGCAGAUGCUUCCAUCGCAUUCUCAUGGGCUCAUUUCGGGUCCCCAUCAUCGGUCUAUGCGACCUGUAGAUUCGGACAUCGACGGCCCUCAUCACCGCGCGCUCGGUUGCGGCGAUUGUGUGCCAUUGCCAGCUCUCCAUCCAAAGUCAAUGAGCUCUCGUGAAGAGCAGCCACGCCCGAACUCAGCUAGACCUCCGCCACAAGGAUCAAUGUCGCGGGUAUAUCAGUUCGUAACAGAUGCUACGCAUGGUCUCCCCGGAUGUCAAAGUAUGGCUAAACGGAAGCCUGACGCUGGCGACGUGCCAAAUCAGCGCACGGCCACGAAACGAAUGAGGAACAGAGCACUCAAGUCCAUAGCGCCGCGAAGCAUCACUUUCGGAGAAGUUUUCCAGAGCGGGAAAGCGGAGUACAAGCACAACAUUGUCAAGUUUGAGGGCGUCUUCUACAUCCUCCGCUGCGAUGAGCACGGCGUGCAUUUCAAGCAGAACGCCCUUGCUGCCGGCGCGAAACACUUGCACGGCGCAUCACAUGGCUACCUAAGGAAGGAGCACAAGUUGGCCGUCGAAACGAUAGGUUUCCAUGUAGUGGACUGCACCGAGGAGCUCGCUGCUAUGAACAAUGAAUCCGUAGACAAGCGAGAAUUGAGCGUCCGUACUGAAACUCCUGUUCGAGACCUGUCAGCAUCUGACUUGACGUUCCAGACGCCAUCCUCUGGCGACAGAUCGUAUGAGGCUCAGUCGACGACCAAAAAUACGGAGAGCAAGCAGCACGAUGUGUCGUCAAUGAUUACCAACCCCAAGGCGGGAGAGCUUUACUAUGCAAGGUGGCAGGGAAGCAAUAAGGCGUACAUUGUCUUGAUUCUUGGCUGGACAUCAUUGGACAUGUGCGGGUGGAAGAGAAUGCUGGGCGAUACGCAGCUUUGCAAUUUGAGGAACAGACCCAGCUGCUACACGUACAACGAUGAAGGCAUUAGUGGUUGGGCGUCAGGAUAUGGCGACAACGAGCCGCGCACCAUGGAUAGGGAUGUGCCCGUUCUGUGGUUUGAGAACAAGAGUAAAACGUUCCUCGGAUGGCUUGGCGUCAAGUACAUAUUGGAACCUGUAGAUCUCGAGGAUCUAAACCGCUCGCAUGAUCCUUUGGAUGCCUGUAAUCAGGCAAGAAAGAAGUACGCGGAGGUCAGGGGAUACAACUCAUUUGAAGCCCUGCUUACCGACAGGAAGUCGCAACGUGUCGCAUCCGGCGAUGCUAAGGCGAAGGAGACGAUUGCUGUCGCGUCAAUAAAGCUACCUCCAUCAUCCGCUUCCGUGUCCGAAUCGGAUAUUGCCUCGGAUGUUGACAUGCAUGAGCCAGGCGACAUCCCACCCCUCGUCGAAGUCUCGAACCACGAAGAUUAUAUCGAUCUGAAGUCUAGUAGGGACGGAAACGUGAGGGAAUCAGAUGACGAAAUGAACGGGAACGAUGAUCAUCCUGCUGGGCCACCUCAAAGCGACAGGCGGAGCAUUCAGGUGAUGCGGCCCCCGUAUCCAGAUGGCGAGAGUAGCAGAAGUUCGGGCGGAUCAGCAACGGCAGCCGGAAGGAGCCAAUCGACCAUUGAAGAGAAGCGCACUGCUGACCUGGUAGAUACAAUGAUGCAUGACGCCGUCCAGAUCUCGUCAUUAAGCGGUCAUACGCCCCAGAAAGACGUGCCCGAAAGGGACAGGCUGCUGGCAGAAUAG